AUGUCGAAAACGUCCUCGCGAGAAACCUCGGGAUUUUGUUUCGGCAAGCAGCCCGAGGAAUUGAGACUGUUUGAGGAGUUGGGUCAUGAUUUCGAAAAGAGUAAUGGCGAUGCGAGUAUGGAUAUGCCGGUGCCGGCGACGUUUUUGGUGGGGAGAGACGGGAUUGUGAAGAGGAGUUUUGUGGAUCCGGAUUGGACGAAGAGGCUCGAAAUGAGUGUGGUAAUGGGGUGGGUGGAGGAGUUGGAGGGGAAGGAGGAGUUGUAG